CAUUCCUCUCUGAUCAGCUGCACAAAGCACUGUAGGGAGGAGAUAAAGCACAUUCUUCUACUCCUUCUUCUCCUUCUUCUUCUCCAGUAUCAUCUCUGGCCUCUCCAUCUUGAUUCCCCUCCCCCCCACCUCAGCAUCCAUACCAUCCUUUACACCAGCUUGCGAGGACCAAACCAGGGAGGGAGUCGCACCACAGCAGGAGGGAAAGAUGAGAAAAAGAUGGGAUGAGUGCAUGCUUCAUCCUGCGAGAUGAACAAAGCUGUGUUGGUGAUUUAGUAGCCGUGCAACAUCUGAGCUGCUGCUGGAUUUACGCCAAGCGCAGGUUCGAUUGACCAUAGGAGACUGAGUGCCCCUCUGACCUCCACAGGCCGGGAUGAAUCACAGAGAGUGUGAAAGGUUUAUAAGGAAAGGGAGGAGGUGAAAGUGAGAAGAAUAGAGUAUUUGGGUUGAAUCUGAUAGACUCAAUCAAAACUCAGGGAAUUGAAAAGAAACGAGGUUGGGAGGCACACGACUGCACUUUCUAUUGUUUUGAGUUUCUACAUGAGAUUGUAAUGUAUUCAGGCUUUAUUUGAUAAUUCACCAUGCAGAGAGCUAUAGAACUGGAAGAGAUGGGGUGACAUAGAUCCCAUUAGACUCUCUGGAGCCAGGAGGGCACCCCGCUGAAGGAUAAAUUGUUUGAUGUAAUUUUCUUCUCACGGGGGUAGCAGGAUUGGAUGAUGUAUAAUGAUCCAGCCAUGAAGCCUGCAGCACGGACAACAGUUAAUAGUAACUCAUAAGCAAAGCCUAUAAGAGCUUUCAUCCUCCUCCUGCAGUAAUUGGUCCUCUGCCUACAGGCUCUCUUCACGCUGAGGGCGCCCCCGUGUGGCGGACAGCAGGAGCGCGCACGCCGCGGGGGGUUUAAAAGCCUGAACCGAGGACGAGCAGCCCACAGUACCAAGAAGCUCCACGGUGGGAAAAGUUUACCUCCAACUAUUCUGCUCGAUUCAAAGGACGGAGAAACAGCGGAGAUGGCAACUCAAGCACAGCAGCCGCCCCACCUGCAACUGGCUGAGCUCACCGCCGCUCAGUUCAUCGACAUCUGGAAGCAUUUUGACGCAGACGGUGAGUGCGCAAAGUAUUCACCUGUGUAACUGAUGCGGAGAUAACUGAGAGGUUAAUUAGUCUGGAUGAGACGCUAGAGCAUAUACUUGUUUAAAAUGACUGUUUAAAUCGAAAUUUAGGGUUCAUUAUUUACUUUUUCAGUCAAGUUUGUAAACAGAAAGAGUUUUAAUCCGUCUUGAAAUGAUCGAGUGAGGCGCAAAACCAACAAAUUGAAAUAUCUAAUGAUGGAAUAGAAUCAAAUUUUCCCGGCUAAGUUAAAUUUUCUACAACAUCUUUGAGGAAUAUUGUGGAUUUAUUAUUUCAAAGGCUGUCUAUAAAUAUAAUUACUCUUCCUUUUCGCUUAAAACUGCACAAAUAAUGAAGGUCUAUGUAAAAAAAUGCAAGCACAAAAACGCAGGGCGAUCAUUCAGUGUAACUUUUGUGUGUUUUUGUUGCGUUUGAGGUGCUCUGAUGGUCUUACACAUUGAUGAAAAAGAUUGAAGUGUUCUCUGUCAGAGUUCAGAGAUGAAGAGGAGGCUGCAAAAGAGGGAGAGAGAGAAAAGAUAACGGGGGAUGGAGGCUAAAAUGAAGAAGAAUGAGAGGGUUAAGAAUUGAUGGGGGAUGAAAGGAUUCAGAGAAAAAGAGAGAGAGUAGAGGAUGAGGAGGUGAGGAAGAGAGGAGAAGAAGGGUGUUUUCUACUGGAGUUUACUGGGAGGAGCCUCUGGAUCUGAGGGCUUACUGGGAAUUAAGUAGUGAAAUUUAUGAGUGUGUGUGUGUGUGUGUGUGUGUGUGUGUGUGUGUGUUGGUGCAUCCACUGAAAAGAAGGCCAUAAAUAUGAAAUGGAAUCAAAGUAUUAAAAGCGAAAGCAUUUAUCAUGCAGUCAUUACAGAGCCUCUGGUUUUAGAGAUGUAUUAUCAUCACUGGGUCAUUUGCAUAAUGUACUAAUGAGAAUUAUUUAAUGCUGUUCUGUGAUUAAAUCUCUAUCCGUUGAAGCUAAAGUGAUUAGUGUAAAUUAGUCGAUUAAAAAUGUGUUAUUUUACGAAUUGAAUGAUAAAAUGUAAACCUUUGUGAAGUUCUGUCAGCGUGUGCUCAGAAGAAUUGAAAAGGAAAAAUGACCAUUAUCUGCAUUUGAUGUGUGUAAAUCUGUGAUUGGAGGUCGUCUUCCUCAGUGAGCUCCUUGAUGCCUGAGUGGUAUGACUGUGAGGUUUCACAAUAGGGGUGGGAGAAUAAAUCGAUACAGCAUAGUAUCACGAUAUUUUGUCUGGUGAUAUAUUAUAUCGUCUCAUUUACCAAGUAUCGAUUUUUUCAAAUCAAUUGUUGAUUUGAAGUCAAAUCUAUGAUAAUGGAAAAAUAAAAUCAACUGUCUGUCCAGUGAGGUUGGCGCUGACGGGGGAAAGACAUUAGGAAUGCAAGCAGGGCACAAAUGAGAUGGACCUGACUCAUUAGGUUUGCAAGAUAUGCAACUUGAAAAUAAAAUACUGUGUAAAUAAGACAAACAUAAAGGAAAGACAAAUGCUCAAUUAGCUAAACAGUUGAAAAAAAUGUGUAAAUCACAAUAUAUUGUGGCCAAAGUAUCAUGAUAAUAUCGUAUUGUUGGGCCACUGGUGAUUCCCACCCCUACUUCACAGUAUCUGUAGUAGUGUUGGUCUGGGGUUUGACUGUAGCUGGGAGAAAAGGUCAUUAUCUGGAUUUCUGGGAUCUUUCAUGAAACUGCUUUUUCAGCACCUCAUGUAAAUAUGCUUUUGACAGAAAAGAGCCAAGCUUGCUGUCUAGUCUGGGCAUUUCUCUCCUGUUUGUUGCUGUUUCUACUCUUGGCAGUGAUGUUGCCUUUGGUAGUAAAAGGGUUCACCAAAUGUUUUAGUUGAGACAGUAAACCCAUGUCUCUUUAACAACUGCACACUAAGGCACCUCUUUCUGCUUCUUCCUAUGGUUGGCAAAAGGCUCCCUGAUGUUACUUAUGUUACAUAAUAUUUUGCGACCCUAACACUGAAAGGUGGAGCCCUCUACUUCCUUCAAGUUGUCAUUGUUAAAAAAUAUCAGGCCAUCAGAUCCAAAAAAACUCGAUGAGAGGGUCUAACUAUACACAUUUGUACAUAAGGAGCAGCAGGGGGCUAAGAACAAAGCCCUGGGGUACUCCAUUGUAAAGUUUUAGGGUUAAGGAGUCGUGCCUAUCGACACUUUGGGUUAGGUUGAGGGUUUAGUGUCAGGCUCUUGGGCUUGCUAACAGAAGGAUGACCUGACAGAUCUACAUUUUCUUGCUGUGUUUGUCUUUUGUGACAUUUACCAGAAUAUAUUUGUGGGCUUUGACUGUUAGACACUCCAAGCAAGCACUGUAGCACUAACCAUUUUUAAUUAAUUUUAUCACUCAAACAAUUAAGGAAAUAUUCAACACAAUGUUUGUUUUAAAGCCCCAAGAAUUUGGCAUCAUUUUUAUAUGUGGAUUUGAAUAAACAUAUCUUUAAUCUUUAAGCAGUAAUGUCUUAACGGAGCAAAGGGCAUCGACUGAAAAGUGAAUAUUGGGGUUUUACUUUAUUUUGUGUUUGUCUGUUUUCAUUUUAGUAUUAUUUGUGCCUUUAUUUCUUAGCAUUAACUGGGACCAGAAGUGAAACUAUUUAUUUCUGACAGUAGUUACACUGUCAGAAAUAAACAAGAUUUAAUCCUGAGAACCAGAAUGAAACAGAAAAGUUUUGAGGGAACAUAGAUUAUUAAUUUGCUGUGACACAGACAACAUCAGAAACUUUUAAAAAUGAGACGUGCUUUGAAGAAAAAGCAAAUGCAUAGUAUUAAUUAACAGAUCAAUGGCUUAUUAAGACAAAACUGCUUAGACCUUUAAGCCAGCAACGUCUUUAUUUUCAGCUAUCAUCUUCAAGGAGCUCUAUUGGAGACAUUUGUUUUAAGUGCUCCGCUCAAGGCCACUGCACUAAUGAGGGUGAAGAAACUCAAGCUAAUUACUUCCUCACCUAGAGGGCAGAUCAAGGACUGGAUUACAUAAGCAACAAAAAAUCCUCUGCCUUUUGGAGCCUAAAACUCUGAAGUUUAAAACCUCCUAAAGUUUUCACAACAUGUUUUAUUGUACAAGUUAUUUUCAACUUUAACUUUGCUUGAUUUGUGUGUGGGCACUAAAACAUGUUUUAAAGCCUUUCUUUUAUCUGAUGUUAUUCAAUAACUUUAAUAAAACAACCAUUCUGUCAGUUAAAUACUCUAGACUAGAAAUCCUUUUAAAAGAAUCUGAGUUCACUUUUAGUCAACAUGUAACAUCUACUGCUGAGAUCUUUUGGACAGUUUAGACCAAAACCCCAUGUUAAAAAAUGAGCCUGUUUGCGUAUUUACACUCAGAAAAGGUCACAUAAAUACAUCCUUUACAUCCGUCUUCAAAGAUAGUUUAUUCUCCUCUGGUCUUGAUUAUUAUAUCUUGUUCACUGUUAAAUUAAAAUCUACACAGUACUUAUAUCCCCCUCAGUCUUACCUGGCUUUAAAACCCUUCAUACUAUGUUCAAAUUGCAAAUACAGAUAUGGCAUACUCAAACCUGCAGUUCUGCAUUAAUGCGUAUACGAUGUAGAUUUUUUUUAUUUAUUUAUUUUUACUAGAAGUGACUGAAUUUGAAUUUAAGGGUGGCUCAUAAAAACAAGGAUGUAAAAAAAAACAAAAGAAAUCAAUUGAUCAAACUCAAGAAGAAAGAGAGCUCAGAACUUUCUCACUGCUCCAGUACAAAAUACAACAGUGGACAAACUAUGACCUGUACUGACCUGUCUUUGAAGAAGAUUCAAUAUCUACUUAGACUCUGCUGCGCUCUUGGCUGUUUCUGCAUCAGUCUGUAAAGAUGUUCAAUACACACAGCUGUCUUGGCCAAACCUGCAGUUCUGCAUUAUGGCGGAUACCAUGUUUUACCCUCUUUUGGAGCCAGCCUCCAAUGGCCUCUUGAGGUACUUCAGUUUUGGCAGCUCAGUAAUGGUUUAAUUCUUGGACCCCUGAUAUUACUGCUUGGACCUUUCAUAGUUAUAGAUCAGGAACUUUCACAAGCAUCUAUAUUGAUAAGCAAUAACCCUGGGCUAAGAGCCUCUGAUAAGUCCCCCUGCCCUCCCUCCCACUCCUCUUCCUCUCCUUCCCUCCCUAUCUCUGUAUAUUUCUCCCCAACUCAGCAUUGGCAGGUAGCUGCCUAACAUGAGUCUGGUCCCGCUCAAGGUUUCUGCCUGUUUAAAAAGGAAAUUUUUUCAUUGCCACUGUCACUCAUGUUAGAUGAGAUGGGUCAAAUCUGUCUCAUCUUGAGGUUGGGUCUUGGUAAUUCAUCAAACAAUGAGUGUGGUCUAGACCUGCUCUUUACCAACAACUGUUGUGAUUUGGCGCUGAAUAAAUAAAUUUGAUUUGAAUUUUGAUUUGUGUAUAAAGUAUUCAAUACCAUCAUUUAUGAAUGAACCACUGUGAACAGUGAGGAGGACUGAAUUAGGAGAAAAGGUUUCUCCACACAGAAGCAGUCCAGCUCAAAGUAAACUACAGUCUUGUGUCCACUCAGUAUAAAACUGUCUAUUUCUGGGGAUUGUGCUGGAGGUGCAUUACUUGCAUUGCCGCAUCAACAGGUUGUUGUCUUGACCACAGCUGCAGAACAGCAGUGUCCAGCUGAAGCAGAGAUCCAAUUGGCUGCAGGGAAAUUUAGGACAGUCAGAACAAGUGACAAGUGAAAGAAAGAAGAUAAAACAGUAAAAUGAACUCAUCGGGGCUCCUCUCACAUCAUAAGACUUGUUUUUUUGGUGUGAGACUUUUUGUUGUCGUCAGUCAUUAUAAGUUUGACAUCUGGAUGAAUUUGGAGUUGGGAUGGGAUGGCAAUCAGCAGUUGAGCUGUGUGUGAAAAUGUUUUUGGAAGAAGGAGACUGCAUCUGCUCAGUGUGCAGUGGUGCGCUCCAUGGGGCAGCUGAGAUUUGUAAUGCAGUUAAACACUGACAGCAAGCCCUGAUGAGCUGGGAACAUUGUUGUGGGUCUCGGUAGCAUUUUACAAAGAUUUGAGCAGACUCCUCCUUCUGAUUAGAUUGUUUUGUUCCUCACUUUCCUGACCUGGGGACUGUACCUUUAAACAGCUCUUUCAGCCCUGUAGUUUAGAUUACAUAAUUGCCGAAUGAAAAGCAGUAAACUUGAAUUUGUCAGCUAGAAAGGAAAACUGGGUUCCUGCUGAGACAAACUGAAGCAUAAAGGAUCUGCUGAGACAUCUUGUUAAAACAUUUAAAUCAUAUCAGAAGAUCACGCUUUAGCAGUAUAUAGGGUUCAACACAUGGGAUUAAGCAGAGCAAGGUUUUCUAUUCAGUGAUAAUAUCUUUUAUUUAGACUUAACUGUUUCCUCGAGAGAGACGCACACAUUUAGAUCAAGAAAAGACGAUUUGCUUGUGUAAAGGACAAAUUUUGGCUGUGCAACCCAAACUCUCUGCUGUUACACUAUGGACACAAUAAAUAGGUCAUAUUGACAUUCAUGAAUGCAUUUUGUUAGAUUGAAUUACUUGAGCCCAAUUUCACAGACACAGCUGUUUGUAGCCAAGUUACGAGGUUGCAGCACUCGGUAAAAUAAUCACUGUUUCUGGUAAAAACUAAUCUCUGCUGAGCCAGAAUGCCAAUGAUGGUUGAUCUGCCCCUUAGGUCAAGAUUGAUAUCUGGGAGGAAAACCCCGAAAACUAAAGCAUAGAUUCAUACAGAAAUUCAGAGUUCCCAGAAGAUGAACUCUAUGAACUUGGUUUUUCUCCAGCACCACAUGGUUGUUACGCUGAUUCAAAUACAUGAUGUCUGUUGAAUGGAAGCCAUAGUUUUUGGAAGACAUGUUUCUAUACCCAACUGGAUAGAUAUUAGAUCUUUGUUAAAAUAAAAAAGCACCUGUGAGGAGUUUUUUUUUCACAUUUAUUAAAUAGGCUGAAAUCCAGAUUGACACAUGUUGAUGAAAUCCUAAAGCAAACAAAGCCAUCAGCGACGAGACUGAUGAUCCAUAUAUUGCAAUUUUGAAUGUCCAAGUCUGGAGCAAACGGGUGGGUGUUGGUUGAGCAAGUGAAUAAACAUCACUGUUUUUACACUUUUCGUGUGAAAUAUUCACCCUGAAUAAAACAUUUGGUUGACGAAAAUCAGCAAGAGGAUUUUUUUGUUGCCAAAUCGCAACUUAAACAUUUAGAGGACAAGAUCAGCAAAGACUGAUUUGUCCACAAGGGGCAUCGAAAGCAACAUGAACCAAAAGCUCAUGACAGGAUCUUUAGCGUAUUUUAUGAAAGUGUCAGACCGUGGAUUUUUGUCUUAAUCACACUAUUGCAGUAUGAUAUGAUUUACUGAAUGCUUGACUAACAUCUUAUGUUCCCAUUAGUAUUUAAAUAGAUUAGCAUUUAUUGACUUUGCAGAUGUGCUUAUCAUAGCUGGAGAACAUGGUAAACACUGUAUGCAGAUGACAUCAGUAUGUAGUAUGUAAGAUUCAACAUUGUCCACUUCAGUUGUAACAGAAUCUGACUAACACUCAUGUAAAGUAAAUCAAGUUUUUCUUCUACCAUGUGCCAGUCUUUGCUGUUGCUAAUGCAGUCUGUGGAGUUUUGAUCUGGUCAUAUCUAAACAACCAGCUCAACCCAAGCACAGAUGGUGGCAUGCAGCACCUAUGACAUGUAGUGAUCAAAUCAAUCUGAAGGGAGAUGAGGAGAUGGGAUUGGAGGGGAGGGGGGUCAAUGAUCAGAAUGUAAAGAAGAUGAGAGGAUCAGAGAUUAAGAGAUGAUGGGGGGCUGAGUCUAUACACUUUAGUCUCUGCAUCAGUGUUUUGUCCAGAAUUGAAGUAAGAUUUUAUCAACGUAUAUUUUGUUUACAAUAAAAGGCACAAACCUCCCAUCCCCACUGGGAUUAUGGACAGAUGGGACUCAUUCCUAUGAUUAAAAAGAGUGAAGUGGAUGUCCUAUAUGUUUCUCUGGCUGUCGGGGGAAACAACAGAGUAAAUUAUGAUAUUAAAUCAUCUCGGUCAUGAGGCUGUCUAAGAAGUUCAAAUCUAAACAGAGGGACAGGAUGCCCCAAUAAGCAUCAAUCUGCCCACUUUCACCCUCUUAGGCAACGAAACCCUCAUUAUACUGCUUACACUCAAACUGCACUGCUGGCCUCUCGUGGUUUGUUUUCUUCUGCUGCAACACAUCGCUGAAUCUCAACAAUCCCUGUCGCUGCUUUACACUAAUUUGGCUGAUAUAUAUGGAUGAGUUUAGACGUCAGUCCCCAGAGAAAGUGAGUUUAUGAUUAAAAGAAUUUCAGUUUUGUGGAGAUGAUAGGGGUUGAUAAUGUUUAAUCCUGCUGUUGGCUUCACAAAUGACAAGAGUUGAUCUACUAAAGUUUACACCUCCUGUUUUGACUUGCAUCAAAAAAAAUGAUUAAAGUACACUUCAUAAGAUGCUUAAGUUAAAAUAAGCAGCUUAAUAAUCUGCUACAUUGGGUCCCAUCACAGAACAUUUUCAGACUGGACUAGCAUUCAGGGUUUGAUGACUUUUUCAAAAUUCUAAGACCCCUAGUGAUUUUUAAUCUUUCAUCUAAGCCUUUCAUCAAAGUUUUGAAAAGUCAACAAAGCUCCAGACUGCUUAAAAGGUCCACAACAUUAUUUUGUGCCAAACUAAUUUAGUUCAUUGGUUCUCCACAGGAAACGGCUACAUUGAAGGGAAGGAGCUGGAAAACUUCUUCAGAGAGCUAGAGACUGCCAGACGAGGAGCCGGCGUGGUGAGCCUCUAGUUAUUUAUUUACUUAAAGUCACCCAAAGUGACAAAGCCACAAGAUUGAUGCUGGUUCAUUCAGGCUACAUUUAUGUACUGCAUAUUGGUUUUGCCAAUAGAGUUUUUGAAGUGAAUAAAGAUAAUGUCUUUAGUGUUGGAGGUGAAAAACUUUUCUUCUUUUGAAAUAGGGUCUGAACAUAGGGAAGGAAAAGAAAUCAAGUAUAGUGUCGAAUCAAAUUAAGUUUUUUUUGUAUAGUACAUUUUAAAAAAACAUAAUUGACUACACUGCUAUACAAGCUCAAAAUAGAGUUGAUAAGAACACAAUAGAACACAAUUGAUAAGAGCAUACAAAAUGUCAGAAGUGAACUUUUUUGAACUCUGAUUUAAUGUGUUUGCAGGACCCAACACAUGCUGCAUUCAAAGAGAAGAUGAGGGAGUUCAUGGCAAAGUUUGACAAAAAUGCUGAUGGGAGAAUUGAGAUGUCGGAGGUGGGGAAACUAACUUAAAUCAGCUACUUUCUCAUGUAUUUGCACUGUAAAUCAUCUUAAGAACUGCAGAUACUUGCAUAAUGCUUCUUUUGAAAAAUCUUUUUUAUUUAUAAGAUGUAGACCUCAGACCAUAAAAAAUAGAAAAAAAAAACCUAAGUCUCCUAUCUUUCACUCUGUAGCUGGCUCAGCUUCUGCCCACAGAGGAAAACUUCCUCCUGUGUUUCAGAGAGUUUGUGGGGUCCAGUGCUCAGUUCAUGACAGUAAGUAUGAAAAUAAACAUCAUUACCUUGUUGAUGUCUCGUGUCCGUGUUCAUUAGAUAUUUCAUUAUUAUUAUUGUAGUGUGACAUUGAAACAAAACACUUCGCUUCUCUAAGGAAAUCUUCUUAUCUGAUGUCAUUUUUAUAUUAUCCUGGGUUAUUAUAUCCUAUCAUGUUAUAUCCUAUUGUAUUGUAUCGUACCGGUCACAUCAUUGUUUUGUAUUGUAUUGUAACAAAUAGUAUCAUAUUGCAGCUUAGCCUCUCAUACCAUAGGAUAUUGUGCCGUGUUGUUUCACAUCUUAUUUAAUUGUGUUAUACUCUUUUGUGUUGCAUCAGUUCACACCAUACCACAAAGCACUAAGCUGACAUGUCUUAUUGUUUACAAUGUUAUCUUAUCAUUUUGUAUAAUUUUGUAUUGAUUGUAUUGUAUUUUCUUGUAUCAUAUACUAUCAUAUCAAAUUGUAGGUGACUAUAUCUUACUGAAUAGUCUCAUGUUGUUUUGAAUUGUAACGUAGCCUGUAGUAUCAUAUCCUACUGUAUAUUAGGGUAUUGUAUCAUUAAUUUGUGCUGAGCCACAUUGUAUCAUCAUCUCAGUUUGGACUCCCUCUGCUCGGUUCUAAACAGUUGCUGACUAACUGCUUAACUUUUUAUAAGCUGAAUUCUCCUCAAAUGCCUCCGGCCAGCUCUGCCGUCACAGCUCCCCCUGUGGGACACAUGUUCAUUUGCCCCACAAUUCUCUUUAUAUCCCUGCCAAGUUACAACGCCUUGUUUGUGAUCCAGUGAGGGUUUUUAAAUGUUAAUUUACAGCCUGGAUCCCAUGUCUCAAACUCAAACACCAAAAAUGUUAGGUACCGUACUGUAAGCAGCUUUUACUGGUUGGAGCCAUCCCUUAAGGAGUAAUGUCAACUUCAGAUUAUAUCUAUCUAUCCAUCUAUCUAAAACAAUGCUAAAAUAAUAACUCAUACAAACUGUAUUUACAGAUUUUAAACACAUAAUUUGAAAUGUUUGGCUUAUCCGUAAUCAACUCACACUAAUCAUUAUAAGAUUAACCUCUAAAUAAAACUUUCCAUUGGCUCUAACUGCUUCACCAUAUUGUAAUCAACUGCAUGUUUGCCCCACACUCUUGUCUGAACACCCAGUAACGCCUCUUCUUUCUUGCAUAAGGAAAAUGGUAAAGCAUCGCACAUCUGGUCCUCUGUUAUUGAAAAUAACAUACCCACACUUGGUGAAAACCCUCCACAACCCGAGCCCGAGGAGGAAUUUCAGUGUUGUGAUGUGCAGGCUUCUCUGUGCGUUAAAGCUAUUCUAAGACAGCCAUACAUUAUGAAUGGGGCACAGCUUUCUGUUGGGGGAAGGUAGUGAGUGCUGGUGGGGUUUAGGUAUCCAUCUUUGAUAAGAGCUUUGACAUACUCUAUAUUUAAACUAUAUCAGACGAAAACCCUCAUACCACUCUCAUUUCUCUUGGUGCAGUUUUUUUCUUUGUAUUCAGUUAUAUGUGCCUGAUAACACGGUUAAGGUAGACCACCUUUCUCCUCAGAGCUAUCAUAAUAACAUCUAUCUUCCUCUGCAGGCCUGGAGGAGAUAUGACUCUGACAGGAGUGGAUACAUUGAGUCGAAUGAGCUGAAGGUGAAACACACAUGCCAAACUCUGCAAAUUGCUUUUUAAUUGAUGCCAAACUAUUUAAGCUACAUGCCACCAACACAGCUGCUUUGACAACAGAUUUUUGAUGGUUUGCAAUCCAUUUAGAUCCUAUAUGCAAUUGUAAAGAGUGCAAAGCUUGAAAUGUAAAAAUGUUUCUGUGCAGUGUGUGCUCAGUCUGUAUGUGAAGCCAGCAGCAGGUUUGGAAUUUAUUGAGACAGUCAUUUUCACCUCUUCUUUUAACCACAUUGUAAACAUUUAGGAACUGAAGGAGCCAGUUUUUGGAGUGGUCCUGCUGUUUUGCUAACACAUGUAAGGUCCUCAUUGAAUAAAGCAUUGUCUGGAUCAUGGAUGGCAGCACGUGUUGCUCCAAAACCCAUACCAUGGGCCAAUGCUGGGUUUUGAACUCUUUGCUAGGUUGUCCCUCUCCUCUGUAGAGCAGACACACUAAGCAUGAUUUCCAAACAAAUUGUCCUAUUUGAUUCAUUAGACUACAAGGCAAUUUUCCACUUAUUCCCAGUACACCUUACAAGGGCGUGUCCCUGGAGAAGUUGCCUGUGCUUCAGGAUCGUGUUCAUGUAUGGCUUGCUAAAAUGGCUUGCUAUAAAUGCAGCAACAUUUUGGCUUCACACACGAGAGUUUUGGGAAGUGAUUUGGAGCAGCUGCAGUGAUAACAGCGCUGCCUGAGGGCCCAAACAUCAUGGUAAUUGGGUGUCAGUUUUCAGCCUUCCGCUAUUUUUCUGUCCAGAGUUUUUUUUUGUCAGAUUUGUUGUAUCUUUAAAUGACAUCACACACAAAAAAAGAAAAAGGUAACAACUUUUUCAGACUUUUGUUGUCCCUGUCCCAACUUUUUUAACAGCAUGUAUAUGGUAUCAAAUUUGUGGCUAUUGAGUUGUCUUUGAGAUAUUUUCAGUUAGAUACAAGGUUUAAACAUUUGCAAACCAUCAAAAUCAGUUUUUCUAGUUGGUAUUUUACAUAGCAUCCCAACUUUUUUUUUUUAUUGAGGUUGUGUAAUUGGUGCUAACAUAUACUAAUGUAGCAAACAUGAACCAGUACGUGUCUAAAACCUCUUUAAACUUCUAAUACUACUUUUGAAAAGAGUCGCUGGCAUAUCCCAAUCUCUGGACGUCGAAGCCAAUGGUUUUUACUUAUUAAGUUUUUCUUUCUCUUCCUCUCAGGGUUUCCUGUCAGACCUUCUGAAGAAGGCAAACAGAGACUAUGAUGAUAAGAAGCUCAAUGAGUACACCAAGACAAUUGUGAGUACUGUUAGGCAUAGCAUGUGUUUUGUGCUUGAAACUCUUAACUGAGGGAAAAUAAAAAUUAAUAGUUGAACUGGUAAUUUGAUUGUUUCAUAAAUAACAAUUUUAGCAUCUUACUUUCUCCUCUGGUUUACUUUGAGUGCCACAAUAGCAACAUGGUAUUUUGUAACCGAUACAGUUAGUAUGUAUGCUGUAGCGUAGCUGGCGUGGGGGCCGAUGGUGCGGCUGCCCUGGACCCACGGUAACGAGGGAGCCCACCUCCAGACUGAUGGUGAAAAAAACAAAGGCGCAAAGUCAGAAAGUCGGUCUCUUACAUACGAAAGAGGAUUAGGGCCACAUGAAGAGAAAAAAAUAGAGGAACGAGAUUAAAGCUGGAAUUUUGAGAUUAAAGUUUAAAUUUCAAGAUUGAAGUCAACAUGAAUACAGUCAAAUUUCGUGAAUUGAAUCGAAACUUUGAGAUUAAAGUUGAAAUUACAAGAUUAAAGUAGACGUAAAUAAAGACGAAAUUUCAUGAAUAAAGUCGUAAUGUUGAGAUUAAUGAUAAUGAAUCAACAGCAUUGUCGCUUGUCACUUGACAACAUGUCCUCUGUAGAAUAGUUUGUAAAGCUGUACUUUAGAAUUGGAUUUAGUAACAAGGAAAUCCUUGUUCUUUUAGCACACAAAAACGGUGUGGUCACAAGUACGCUGAGGCGCAGGCAUUACCGAAGCCGAGGACCCAGUGCGCUCUGCCACAUGGAUGGCUACGACAAAUUUCGAGAUUUUUGAGAUUAAAGUCAAAAUUUAAAGUCAAAAUGAAAUGCCAUAUGGCUUAAACCAAUAGACUAUAAGGGCCCACCACAAGUCCCCGCCCUUCUGCAAUGUGACACUGGCCCCGCGCCUGUAUGUGUGUGUUUAUGGGACCCUUCAUAAAGGUUUUAUUUUCAGUGAUUUGUCUGAUUAAUUCCAUUGAUCUUUUUUCAUGCAGCUGAGGAUGUUUGACCUCAAUGGUGAUGGUAAACUGGGUCUUUCUGAGAUGGCAAGGUGGGUAUGUUUGUCUGGGGGCUGUGCGUACAUUUCAACCUUUGUUCGAGGCAACUGAGUACAUGAACUUGCCUUUUUUUAUGCAGGCUUUUGCCAGUCCAGGAAAAUUUCUUGCUGAAGUUUGAGGUAAGAAUAACAUCAAAUUGAGAAAGCCCUGUUAAUCUGAUACAGAAAAGUCAAACAACAGAUAGAUAUUCAGAACAGCACAGUUUAACGGGAUUGGAUCACUAGAAGAGGAUUAUCUGUCAUCGAAGUCCUGAGUGGGCAUUCAGGACAUCAAAACAAAUGUGUUCUUACUUAUGAUAAAUCCUGUAGUAUUUGUAUUGCAGGGAUUUUUACAUAUUUUAAAGUAGGUUAUACCCCUGUUAUGUGUUCAAAACAGUGUUAAAGUCCCACUGAAUUGAUUUGAUAAUUUUUAGUUCUAACUUAAGUCCUGUGGGUUUAUGACAGAGAAAGUAGCUUAUGCCGUUGCACAAAUCCACAUUUAAUCUUACAACAUUAUUUGUGGAGUUCACUGACACUAUGUAGGCCAUUUUAAAGCUUAAAAGUUCAACAUUUGCUGUUCGGUAACAAUGUUAAUCUGCACAUACCUCCCACAUGUAUUUUGUCAUGUGUGUACAUGCUAGCUUCAGUGAACAGAUCCACAAUUCCUUUCGGACAGAGGAUUAAUCCGUCUGAUCAGGAUUAACUCAACUCUAGCCCCAGUUAUCAUAAUCUGCAUAGAUUAAUAUCAGUUCUGGAUCUGGCAGGGCUUUUAACACUCUCUAGAAAUAUCUUCCAUAGUUUCUCACAAUUUUCCCCCGUCUCUUUCUUUCUCACAGGGCAUCCGGCUCACAGUCAAAGAAUUUGAUUCUCUCUUCACCUACUAUGACAAGGUCAAAACAGCAGGCUUGUUUUGGAGUUUGCUUUCAUGUUACUGUGUCUGUCUGAUGGCUUUUGUGUAUAAAAUACAACGUUUUCAUAUUUUCUUUGAGAAUGUGUACAAUUUAUUUUGAUUUGAUUUGAUGACUGAUUGGGCCCUAAUCGUCAAUAACGCACCCAGGUAUUUUAAUUUAUUAUACAGUCAUUACAGUUGUUGAGAGCUGGUGUUAAGCUCUUUUCUAUUUUGAGAACAAAAGUUAAAUUUAAAUGUUUGAUAUCAGUACAAUACAUGAGUAAAGUUUCUGAUUGCAAGGUUAACGUGUGUUGAUGUAAUCCCCAGAUGGGACUACAGGGCGCUCUGAAUGACUUGUUCAAGAAGUCACACAAGAAUUCAGUGGGAUCAAUAUGAGAUUUGCUCAAAUAGUGACAUUACUACACAAUGAAUCUGCUUAAAAGAGCAGAUUUGUCAGUUUAUAAAAAGAAACCCUACUUUUUUAGCAUGGCAACAGUGAAAGAGGCUCCAGAAUGCAGGGUCCUGAAAUGCUGGGGGGGCUUAAUAGGAUAGUGGCUUUAAUGAAGCAUCUCAAACAGAGGCUGAAAUGAGGGUUUUCAAAGACAGCGGCCUGAACGUUAAGAAACUGGUUGAACUGUAAAUAAUGUAAAGCUGCUAAGAAGCUACCAGAGGGAGAAUAUAAUGAGAAAUAUGAGUAUAAUAUUCCCUCUUUAAUUAUCUGAAAGUGUUUGUUCCAGAUUUUAAGUCAAAUACAGCACACAGUCAUUGGAUAAAAUGUUGUUACUUCACCACUUACUGGUAACUAGUAACUGAGAAGUUGAUGAUGAUAAUUAAUAGUACCUUUUAUGUGUUGCAGUAUUGUGUUUUAAUGUAACAACUAGAUAGACAUUUAGUUUUCAAGCUACUACAUAUGAUAUGGCAUUGCACAAAAAUUUAGGAAACUAUUUAGGUUGAUAUGCUAGUUGUUAGUUGCUAGUAUGCUAACAAAUGUAGUUACUGGUUAACAUCAGGUCAUAUGAAACAGAGCCCAGGAAUCUGUAUUCUUUCUGUCACACUGAAUAAAAUCAUUAAUUUUCUCGUUUGUCGUCUCUUUUUCCAGGAUGGUAAUGGCUACAUUGAUGAGCAGGAGCUGGAUGCUUUGCUGAAGGACCUCUGUGACAAAAACAAAAUGGUAAUGAAUAGUUAGCCUAUUGAUUGAUCAGUUCAGGUUACUUUUCCACCUGCCAAAUAUAGAGCAGAGCUGGAAAAGCUGUCUGAGCUGUCCCUGCAGUGUACUGUAAGUUUGCACCAUGUAUAAAGCACCUUAAAAACCUCUGUGUGCCCCUUGUGUCAUUCCUGUCAGGACGUGGGCUCGACAGGACUGUCGGGCUACAAGAAAAGCAUCAUGGCUCUGUCUGAUGGAGGGAAACUGUACCGCACCGAGCUGGAAAUCGUCCUCUGUCGGGACUCAUCACUGUGAUCACCCCCGCCUGGAACCCUGACACCCCCUUGUCCCCCACCCAUCCAUGGCCUCCUCCUUCCUACCUCCUGAUGUAAUCUGGUGCAUGUCUGACCCUUAACUUCGCUUAACAAUUUAGAGUAAAAACAAAAAGUGCUCCUGAGAGCCUGAAGUGUAACUUUGGCCCUGCAGAUUUAGCUUUCUACCCCUCUGAGGUUCUUCUUUUUGCUCUUUUUUUAAUCUUUAAUGCCAUCACACAUUGAAAUUGCCAUAACUACUUCAUGGAUAUGUUGUGUUUUUAUUUAUUUGACUUAUAUGCAUUUGUAUUUUUUACAUUCAUCGAUAAAUGUUCCUCUUCCACUUCAUUUAUUUAUUCUGUUUAAUUUAAUAUGAUCCUGGUUUAUUUUGAUGAGGCUUGUACUGUUCUAUUAAAGAUAUAUUAAAGAUAUAAUGAGAGAAUGAAUAAAUAUAUCAUGACAACUCUU